AGCAGCCUUCUUUUUCAUCUUGUUUAUUCAGAUUUUUCUUUUUAUGUUAGUAAACAUAUCAUAUUUGAGUACUAGGUACAAGUUUGCGGUCAAGAUUCAUGAAUUCAUAAGCUACACAUUCUGAUUCUGAAAAAUUCAUGUUGAACAACCAGCAAGGUUUAGUUUUCAUCGAGCAGCAUGCCAGCAGGGUGACAUGUUACAGUUCACAGUAUGGACAUGUAACAGGAGUUUCAUACACAGCCAAUAAUUUGGUUGGUCCUCCCUCUAGAUUCCCAGCUUAUGGUGAUUUUCCAGAAACUUAUGUUCCGAGAACAUAUGGGUGUUGGUGGAAAGAAUCAUCAAACAUUGUUAAAGGGAAAAAUGAGGUUGACCAAACAGGAGAGGAUUUUAUUGAUGUCCAAUUCCCAAAGCCGGUAUAUCCUUACUGUGUAAAUGUAUAUGAAACAUAUAAUUCUGGUUGUGUAAGACGGCUUUGGGCAGGUGAUGGCCAAGGAAACUGGAAACUCUUUCAUGAACAUCCUAUGAAAAAAUCACUAAAACAGUCACAAAUAUUUUCUCCUGAACCCCAUCAUUUACCAUUUCUGACUAGCCUUAUUAGGAUCGAAAUCGAUAGCAGUUUUGCCGACUAUUAUCCCGAGGUCGAUGCCGUCCUUUUAGUGGGUACGGAAACCUAUCCUGCUCCUGAGGAGUCGCUGAAGUUGAGUGUGUUAGGGCUAUAUGCCAAAGUUGUUGGAUUGGGACUUCAUCAUCUAGUGCCUGGCUUCAAUACCCUAGAAAGCAUACAGCGACUUUGUCUUACCGACAAACUACCCCAAAACGCAAGUGUUUGCCAUCUGAGCAAUCUACCUGAGGAGAUAUUACGUGUUAUUCUAGCGCUUUUGGAUCUUCGCAGUUUGUGUUCGUUAGCGUGCGCUUCUUCUUUGUUCAACAAAAUCUGCAAGGAUUCUGUGCUCUUUACCUCAGUGAAUUUAAAACCCUAUUGGUAUUGUGUCAAUCUCCCAGCAUUGAAAUGGUUGGGAGUUCGUAGUCAGUGUUUGCAGUACUUGGAUCUGUCGUGGUGCGGAAGCUAUGGAAAAUUUAGUUCAUCUGAUUUUUCGUGGUUCAUGAAACAAUAUGGAAAACGGUUACGAAUUUUACGCCUAGAGAAUUGCAGUUUUCUAAAUAACGAAGCUCUUUAUUCGAUUUCCACCUCAAGUCCUUAUUUACAAGAAUUGAACUUGCGGGGUUGUCGCCAUUUAGAAUCGACUGCGUUUUGGCACUUGGGAAAGUUACAUAUGAUGGAAAGACUUAUUUUGGACAGCACACAAAUUGAAUUACCUACGCUGCUAGUCAGCUUGCAGUCCAUGGCAUCACUUUCUCAUCUGUCGCUUGGUGGUUGCCAAAACCUUUCUCUUUUGGGAUCAUUGGAUGAAAUAAGUCGUUGGCUAAAUCGCCACCGACCAGGCAUUGUAUCUCUCGAUUUCUGGAGAAGUGGUCAUCUCUCCAACCAUGGAAUGGAAGCUCUUAUAGGACUUGAGCAUUUGAGAGAACUUGAUAUCGGCUGGUGUGGUCUACCGCCCAAUGGUAACUGGAUAUCCCAAUUAGCAAAUCGCUGUCGGUCGCUAGAGAAAUUAUUUCUUACCGCAGCGAGAAUCGUUAAAGACGCUGAUUUGGUAGCUAUCGCGCAAUAUUGCCCAAAUUUAAAACAACUGGAUGUGCUAGGAAAUAGCUACAUAACGUGGGAAGGAUGUAACAGAGUACUUGACAAAUGUCGGAAGCUGCGGCUACUGGAUGUUAGCUACUGCUGUCAGAUUGAAGCGGUACACGUCGCGAAUUGGAGAAGAACUCAUCCUAAUGUUAGCAUCAAACGCAUUUUUGUUAACGAAGAAGAUUAGCGUGAAAGAUGGUUUUCAAAAUUUAGUUCUAAUCAAGUGAAACCAUGUUUGUGAGUUUUGCCAAUUACAUCUUGCACCUGUUAUGAAUGAAAG